AUUGUGUGUUGUUGCUUUUCGCUCUUAAAUUGUUUUUGUUUUUUGUUUUUGCGAUUCCAAUUGACUUUGUUGGGAGAUAAAUUUUUGUUUAUCAUUGUUUAAUUGCACUUUGCGCAUAGGAAUGAGUGCCAUAAAGAUUGAAUUUGCAGUAGAAGUACGCAAGGAUGAUUCCAACUAUGCUGAUACCCUGAGAAAAGCGCUGGAAAACAUGGGCCGGUUGGAAGAAAUUGACUUGGAAAAGGGUCGCGUAAUAAUACAAACUCAAAGGCCAUGGUCGGAAGUCCAUAAUCUAAUUGAAAGCACUGGCCACAAAGCUGUUCUCUCCGGCUUUGGGGGCCAAUCAGCCGUCGCUGUCAUUAACACAACCGGAAGUGUGGUCGAUCGCACCCCGGUUCAGGGUGUUGUUCGAUUUACAACCAUAACAAACAACGCGCCGGGCAUGGUUGUCGAUGGAGUAGUGGAUGGACUUAAUCCGGGAACUCAUGGUCUCUAUGUUCACGAGAGCGGAGACAUUUCCAGAGGGUGUGCUUCCGUCGGAGGCACCUAUAAUCCUCGUGAUUCACCUCCGACAGAACGCCCUGCUGGUGAUUUGGGACAGAUUCAAGCAGAUGCAGACGGAAGGGCUACAUUUCGUUUUGUUGCUUCCGUACUAGAGGUCUGGGACAUAAUCGGAAGAGCCGUCGUAAUAACUGACAAGUCGAAAAUUUCAUCAGAUCAAGAUCCAAAAAAUCAAGGCGACGAGAGAAUUGCGUGUGGCAUAAUUGCCCGUUCAGCCGGAAUACUACAAAACUUCAAGAGGAUUUGUGCGUGUGACGGAAUUAACCUUUGGGAUGAGCGAAAUAAACCGGCAGCCGGCAAGGGACGAUCACAAAAAUUAUAAUGAUACAUUGUGUAGAUUGCUUUUAAAAAAUACAUGUUACUGUUAAUCUAA